AUGUUCUAUUUUAUUAUCAUUCUUUCUUCGAUAUUCUUUUUUAUUACGAAUAAUUUCGCUCAAAUCUCCAACGAUAUUCGUAUAUUAGCUACCGAUAAAGACUUCAUACGUUUAUCAUGGAUGAAACCAACGCGUUUACCAGCGAAUGUUUAUGGUUACACGAUAAAAUAUCGUCCAAUCCAUUCCAAUCAAUCCUGGAUAGUAAAACAAACAAAUGACACUCAAAUAUUUCUAACAGAUCUUCGUCCAAUCACCAAAUAUGAAAUUAUUCUUCAACCUUACUUCAACUCAUCGUAUACCGAUUCGUCAGGCCCGUCGACACGCGUCGAAGUCUUUACAGACGAAACAGGUAACUUCCUGUUCGAAUCGGACAAUGCUUGA